AUGGCGGUUAGUGAGUCUAAUGAGGCAGCAGUUGCUCCAUCUCAUUCAAUCGAGAUUGAUCAUUACCAUCCCCUGUAUCUGCAUCCAUCAGAUACAUCAGCUUUAUUAGGAAAAAGUAAACUUGGUUUUGUUGAUGGGAAACAUACCAGAGAAGCAUUUCCUUCAUCUCUUCAUGAUUUAUGGGAGAAGUAUAAUGUCAUUGUUCUCUCAUGGAUCAUCGAUUCAAUCAGGAAGGAACUCUUGAGCAGUGUGAUUUAUGCUUUGAAUGCAUCAAAAGUUUGGAGUGACCUAAAGGAAAGGUUGUGUGAAUGCUGGGAUGAAUUCGAUGCCAUAAUGCCUUGUCCAGCCUGUAACAGUCCUGAAUCUAGGAAGAAUUUGCAACAUUUUGAUUAUCAACGUUUACUUCAGUUUCUCAUUGGUCUAAAUGAGUCAUAUGCCCCCAUUACCUCCAGUAAUGCAUUGGGUAUAUCUUCUCAGAGUUCUCAUCCCAGUAUGGUUAAUUACUCUAACCAAUGGAUAGUAGACACAAGAGUAACCGAUCAUAUGGUUAGUGAUCCUCAUCUACUAUCCAACACUAGAACUCUUCUUAAUACAAGCAAAGACAAUGUUAUGCUACCUACUAGAAACACAGCUAGAGAUCUCUUCAGUGGAAGGGUGAAGGGGAUUGGGAAACAUGUUCAAGAUCUAUAUGUGGUGGAUUCUUCUUCUCUGAAUGCAGGAAGUGUCAAGCCUGAGUGCAUCAACACUAGGUGUCAUUUUGCCUUAGUAGAUAAUUCUAAGAAUAAAGUAGGCAUAGAUCUAUGGCACAAACGAUGGGGUCAUGCUCCAUUACAUACUUUGAAGCAGUUGAACAACUUGAAUUGCUGUGUUGACAACGUAAACUUUGAUCACAAACAUUAUAUUGUAUGCCCUUUGGCUAAGAAAACUAGAAUUCUUUUCCCUCUGAGUACUUCACAAUCUGAUGCUUGCUUUCAUAUUCUUCAUGAUGAUGUCUGGGGUCCCUACAGGAAUGGAGUUGUUGAGAGAAGGCUUAGAUACAUUUUAGACACUGCUCGAGCUAUCAGAUUUCAAGCAAGUGUUCCUCUCAGGUUUUGGGGGGAUUGUGUGGCCACUGUAGUGUAUUUGAUUAAUAGGUUUCCCUCUCAUACUCUUCAUGGCAAAUUUGCACCUAGAGCUGUUCCAGCUGUUUCUCUUGGUUAUUCCUUAACUCAAAAGGGCUACAAGAUGUAUCUUCUCCAGGAAAAAUCAUUUACGACUUCGAGAUCUGAUUCUAUACAUGUUCCUCAUGAUCCUUAUUCUUCUCCACAUGAUGCUGUUGAAGUUAACCCUUCCAUACCACUUGAAGCUGCUCCUUUGUCUGUGUCUACUUCAGUUGAGCCAGUUAGAAAAUCCUAUAGAACUCCCAAACCUGCCAUUUGGAUGAAAAACUAUAUUGCUCGUACAAGAACAAAGGUCUUCUGUCAUUUUCCUAUUUCCAAUUAUGUGAACUAUGGUCAGAUCUCUCCCUCUUACAGCUCAACAUUGACAGCUUACUCAGCUAUUUUGGAGCCUACUUCUUAUUCUGAAGCUGCUUCAGAUCCUAAACGGAUUGCAACCAUGCAGUCUGAGAUUGCUGCUUUGAUGGAUAAUAAUACAUGGAGUGUAGUAGAUAUUCCUUCCAGCAAGUCUCCAAUUGGAUGCAAGUGGGUGUACAAAAUCAAGCACAAAGCUAAUGGAGAGGUUGAACUAUACAAGGCACGGUUGGUUGCUACAGUGUUUAAUUAG